UUCCCAACAAUGGCUUCCCUAUCCUCCUUCAGUUUCCUUCUUUUCUCUUCUAUUCUCUUUCCCAUGAUCUCCUUCUCCAUCGCCCAAACUUCAUUCCGACCCAAAGCCCUCCUUCUUCCUGUAACCAAAGACUCUUCCACACUCCAAUACCUUACACAAAUUAACCAAAGAACUCCUCUAGUCCCCAUUCAACUUACACUAGGUCUUGGCAAUGCAUUCCUUUGGGUAGAUUGCGAGCAAGGUUAUGUCUCAUCCACAUAUAAGCCUGCUCGUUGUCGCUCGGCUCAGUGCAAUCUUGCUCAAUCCAAGGCUUGUGGGGAGUGCUUUUCUCCUCCUAAACCAGGCUGCAACAACAACACUUGUAGUCUCCUUCCAGACAAUACCAUAACCAACACUGGCACAAUUGGUGAGCUAGCACAAGACAUUGUCUCUAUUCAAUCCACCAACGGGUCUAAUCCAGGCAGAGUGGUCUCUGUCCCAAACCUGCUGUUUGCUUGUGCCCCAAGCUUCCUCUUGGAAGGCUUGGCUAGUGGUGUCAAAGGUAUGGCUGGUCUCGGAAGGACUAAAAUGGGCCUCCCUUCGCAAUUUUCUGCUGCUUUUACUUUCGAUAGGAAGUUUGCCAUCUGCUUGAGCUCUUCAACAAGAUCUAAUGUUGUCGUAUUCUUCGGGGAUGGACCUUAUGUGUUUCUUCCUAGGAACUUUGAUUUGUCAGAGUCUUUGAUUUAUACACCACUAUUUAUCAACCCUGCAAGCACUGCAGGUGCUUUCUUCGAAGGCGAAAAAUCAGCAGAGUAUUUCAUCGGAGUGAAGUCCAUUAAGAUCAACAACGAAACUGUUCGAUUAAAUACUUCGUUGCUAUCCAUUGACAGCAAAGGAAAUGGAGGAACAAAGAUCAGCACAGUGAAGCCCUAUACAGUUUUGGAAACCUCCAUUUACAGUGCUGUGGUUGAUGCAUUUGUGAAAGUGCUAGCGAAAGUCAAGAGAGUAGCGGCAGUGCCACCAUUCGGGGCUUGUUUUAACUCAAGCAACAUCGGUAGUACUCGAGUCGGUCCAGCAGUGCCGGACAUUGAUCUUGUGUUGCAGAGCAACAGUGUGUUCUGGAGGAUAUUUGGAGCUAAUUCAAUGGUUCAAGUUAGUGAGGAUGUUCUUUGUCUUGGAUUUGUUGAUGGAGGUGUAAAACCAAGGACUUCCAUUGUGAUUGGAGGACAUCAAUUGGAGGACAAUCUUUUACAAUUUGAUAUAGCUACAAACAGGCUUGGAUUUAGCUCUUCAUUGUUGUUCAGACAGACAACUUGCUCCAAUUUCAACUUCACAAGUAAUGCUUGAAUUAAGCAAUUAAAAGCAAAUCCCAUAUUAUUACUACGAUUGUUGAAUUUUCAAUUAGUUCAUAUGUGGUUGUGGAAACCCUUCUAACUGGACUUUCCUUUAAAAGUCAGAAGAAAGCGUGGCUGGAUUUGAAUAAGACUUUCCUCUGCAAAAUAUUAAUGU